AUGCCAGCAAACGCGAACCAGCACGACGAUAUCGCUGCUUUCAGCAACUCGAUCCCACCUCCUCCUCCUUACUCGGCUGAAGGCGCGCAAGCUCAAUACGAUCUCACCCCCUUGCCUCAUCAUGAGAACAGACCUAGACUCCCAGAAGAGAGGAGGAAUCCUUUACUUACAAGCUUGCCCGAGGACGUCAAGAUUGUCAAAUUCCAAACUAUCGUUCGUGAAGGUAAGGAAAUCGUCGUAGGUAGAAUCAAGGUUCCUACGCCCGGAACAUCAAGUCAUGCUUUCAUCCUUAGAAGAUACGACACCAACGCUAUCUCUUUGACUACCAUGUACAAGGUCGCUUUCCCAGGUGCUACCGACGAAGACGAGAAGCGAGAAAUGGACUGGGUCAAGUCAUCUUUCGAUACUCGAGGUACCAACGGUGGUCGAGGUAGCGAUGUAGUCAGAUUAGCCGGUCAAUGGGUCAGCAGACAUCUCGCUAUCCACUUGGCAGGAGCUUAUAACCUCCAAGAAUUGAUUGCUUCACUCGCUCGAGCAAUUCCAGACCCCAACGUCGCUUAUCGAAAAUCUCAACGAUCUCAAGCAGCUUCCGAAGAGAUGGCUCGACAGAACCCACCUGAGCCUACAACCGCUGCCGUCCCCGCUCGACCGGUCCCAUCUAUGACUGCCGCCGAGACAGCUUCGCCCGCACCUAAGCGACAACGACGAGCUCCCUCUACCCCCGCUGCCGAAGCUUCGUCUAGCACUUCUACUGGAGGAGAAGCUGCGGUCGCCGAGGCAGAACAAGGUGGUCAAAGACAUCUCACUCUCGAAGCUACCACCACCGUCACCGCUCCUGCAGGUACCAACGUCGAUAUGGAAGCUGAGAUUGAAUCUGCCAAACAACUCGUCAAAGACCUCAAGAAAGAAUUGAGACUUCGAGCUGCCGUAGGAGAAGAAUUGGAAGAACAAGGUGUAGAUCUCCCUGAAGAAACUAGAGGUACCAAGAGAGGUAAAAACCAUGAUGAUGAUGGGGUGAUCAUUUCAGGAGGAUCGGGAACGAACGGUAAGGAUAGGAUUGUAAGGAAGAACAAGCGUGUGGUCCAGAAUGGUAUUUUGGGUGAGACUGGUCAAAAGAUCGCUUGGGGUACUAUCAUUUUCAGUCUGGGAGUUGGCGCUGCUACUCUCCUACCCCAAUACGUAUCCAGUUUCUUCUAA